CUCACAAGUACUGACCAGCCAUCACUAACACCCAGACUCGACAUAAUCUCGCCUAAAUUCCAGGGAAAAUCUCAACUAGCACGCCACCGCGUGGUGCACAAGCUCCUAGACGAGGAACUUUCAACACCAGGCCUGGUACACGCCCUGCAAUUACACACACGCACGCCAGAGGAGGACGAGAGACUACAGGCACAUCGGCUCGCG